AGCCCAAAGCAAACAACAAAUCCGAGGAAAGAAAAAACAUAACAAAUCUCUGUAAAAAAAGCUGAACUUUUGGUGCGAGAUUUUAAUGGCGGAUACGAUCUCAAACCCUAGUAUGGAACCUCUGUUUUUCUCUGUUGAUCCAAUGUCUCUCAUACUCUCACAAAACUCCGACACACAUCAGCUUAAACUCUUGUUAGACGGUUUCUGCGGAUUCGAGAGAGGACCAAGAUACGACGAAUACUCACGGCUGCGAGAAUCGAAGCUUCGGAUGAAACGAGAUUUCCAGAAAUUUCUCGAAGAGGAAGAAGAAGAAGAGCCCAAGAAAAAACAAGUGAGGUUCGAGGGUAAUCCGGUAAUUUCACGAGUGGAAGAGAUUUUUACGCCGGAGAAGAAGAAGAAACAGACUCGGUUCGGGUUUUCUCCGAGAAAAACUCCGUCUUCUUCGUUGGCUCAAUCGGUGCCUAAUUUCUCCGCCGUGAUCCGUAAAGAGAAUCGCCGUCCGGUUAACUACAACACUACUCCUCCGCCGCAUCCUUCGAAGAGUAGAAACGGCGGCGUUUUGUCGGGAUCGGUUUCUUCUUCUUCAGCUGCCGCGAGAGGAAGCAAAUCGGCGAGUGCAGGGGAGAAGAAGAGUAGAGGGUUGAUGGGAUUGGCACGUAAGAGUUACGCGAGCGUUGAGGAUCUCAAGGAAAUAUCAAUGGCUGCUGCUUCUGCCAUUAACGGCAACGGAGGAGGAGGAGGAGGGAGAAAAGCCGUUGGCGGCGGUGGCCGGACAAUUCUGGGUUACAGACAAAUCUACUGAUAUUUUUCGUUUUUCAAAGCUUUGAUUUUCCCACGAAUUAUUCUUUGGUUUUUUUUUGGUGUGGGUUUUGAUUGAUGAGAAUAAAUUCUUGGAUUUGAUUGUGUGCUUAUUGGUGUGUUGGUGAUUUGAUUUGUUUGUAAAAAAUUUUGGUUGUGUUUUUUGGUUCAGAAUUUGUUUGUAAACGUAA